GGCAGUGACUGUCAAAGUCUCACAUGCAUGAGAUCGUGGCAACAUCUCACGAGUGCUGGACACCUUGUUCCCAGAGCUGGGGGUUGCAGUCACUGGAGAAGAAAUGCCUCCUUUAACCGAAAAACUUGAACCAAGGGACAACGAGAGUAUUGAAGUCCACAAGACAACCUCGACCAUCACCAUGAGCUCGGAGCACAAAGUCACCAUCACCGAGACCAUCGUGAACGGGCUCCCCACCAACCGGCAGCAGCUUGAUCGAGUGGCCGAGACCCCCGCCACGGUCACCUCCGCCAUCAAAGUCUACCCCUCGCCGCCACCGGGAGCCCACCUUGACAUGACGAUGACCACAGCAGACUCUGACCCACUGAAGGUGAGUGUGGGCAAGGGCUCGGUCACCUUGUGGACAACUGUGGGCAUGGAUCCAUUGCUCGCCCGGACUCCAGACCUGGAUGCCCAGGAACUGCCCAGCAACCACAAUACCGAGUUGAAUGCAGGAGGGAGGGAGCAGACUUUCCUCGUGUCCGGACCUGCGCCGGGCGCGCUUGUUGGCGACGCUGGCCGCCUCGUGCCGUCGCAACCUCCAGACACCUCGUCUGGCGAGACCAACGGAGAAACCUCUCCAUCCUCACUGGCGGCCAAAGGGUUUCGUAGCGUACGUCCAAAUCUGCCCGGCGACCACAAGUCAUCGCCUCAGGACUUAGCGCAGUGUGAGGCGAGCUGGGCACCCGCUGCCACAGCGGAGAGGGAGAACGCGGGUGGAGGGAGCCCGUGCGGGGCUGCGCCAGGCCCGGUGCCAGCCGAGCCCGCCACAUCGCCCACACCGCCACCGCGUCCAUCCACGGCACGGCUGACCUUGCCCACCCUCGACGACUUCAUCCCGCCUCACCUACAGAAGGGGGCGAGCCCCUCCCCGGCCUCCUCCUGCUCCUCCUCCUCCACCUCUCCUGUUAACCCACCGGUGCCCAAGCUGCCACCGCCCGCUGCCAUCCUACACCGCGACACGGACUCCGAGCUCGCCCACCGGCCCACGCCUACAGAUGGUCCGCCUAGAAUAAGUGAAGCAGUGCCGACGGUGGAGAGCGUGGGUUCCUGCCCGCCAUUGAUCCCCUCCAGCAGGUUCUCAGCCUACCCGUCCACCACGUCCGUGAACCCGACUAUCGUCCUGCUGCAGCAUAAUCGAGAGCAACAGAAGCGGCUGAACAGUCAGUUAGACUCUGUGCCAGACAGAUUAAUUGAUCGGAACGCUGCAGCUCCAGUCCCAGCUAUGGAAGCAUUCAUCCCGGCCAUCCACGCAGGAGGGGCCGUGGACACAAGGCGACACAACAGUCCUCGGGCCCCCCACUCUUCCUUCAUCGCUCCCGAGGAUCUGGGGAUUAAGAACCUGGAGAGGCCGAAGGAUUGGUACAAGGCCAUGUUCAAGCAGAUUCACAAAGUCAGCAGAGACCAGCUUGAGGAAAACCCCUACCGGCCUACUUACAGCUUUCCUGAGAUCCCUCGAGUCCAUCACACAGGAGAAGAGGUCAAUCCCUACACACCCAGCUACGUAUUUCCUGAGACGACACCCAGCCCUAAAUCAGCAGAAAAAGAGACUUACACCCCAACCUAUGUCUUCUCAGAGGUUGCUAAGAGACAGAUUUUGGAAGAUGAUGAACUGGACGACUAUGCCUCAUGCUACCCUUGCUCAGAGGAUGUGAAAAGCCAGACCAUUAUGCCUCGCUCCAAGAGUGUAAUGGACACCACUGACUCCGAGCCCAUCGAGCGGAGAUCAGCCACCCUGCCCCUACCGACCCGCUCAUCCUCACUCAAGCCACUUCCUGAGAGGAACGACUGGGGUCCGUUGGACAAGAAGAUGGACACACGGAAGUAUCGGGCCGAGCCUAAAAGUAUCUUUGAUUAUGUACCGGGAAAGUCGUCAGUCCUGGCACACGAGAAAAUGAACUCUGAAGGAACGGUCGGGAGAGACUGCGCGCAGCCGGGCGGCAGGAACAGAUCGCUGAACGACCUGUAUUAUCAGGUGCCCGAAGAAAACCACUCACACCAUCACAGGGACGACUUGGGCGGUGAUAAGCGGAAUAUAAGUCCGGAGGAAAUAGAUUUAAAGAAUGAACCUUGGUAUAAAUUCUUUUCGGAGCUGGAAUUCGGCAAACCGCCUCCAAAAAAGAUAUGGGAUUAUACGCCGGGCGAGUGCUCCAUCCUUACUUUAGAGGAUGGGAAGGAUCAGCUAGAGAAAGACCUGUCCCUCUACCAGGCUGAGCUAAACACAGACUUAGAAAACCUGGAGAAGCAUUUUAGAAGCCAGGACCCUCGUUCAUGGAAGAGCACAACGCUGUAUUCUCCCUUGGAAUUCCCGCCCGACCGUUCGACUUACUCGCUCUUUGCACCCAGUUACGAGGCAGCGAGUCGACAGGCCGAGCCGAGAGGCGGAGAGUCGAUCACCCAGGAAAACGAGAGGCAAAUCUACAAGACGGUCCUAGAAGGCGGAGACAUACCCUUCCAGGGACUGAGUGGGUUGAGCAAGAGAACAUCCAGCACCUCUUCAACCAAAGAAUCGGACUCGGUGAGGUUGUCCACUCCGAUCGAACGCAUGGAGACCCCUGAGGAGAUGUGUCGUCGCCGUCACGAGGACAAAGAGAGACUGUUAGAAGAGCAGAGACGGCUUAAACGAGAACAAGAGGAGGCUGACAUUGCAGCCAGAAGGCACACGGGCAUCGCUCUCACUCACCACCAGUUUAUCACUAAUGAGAGAUUUGGGGACCUCCUUGACAUAGACGAGGCAGCAAGGAGGAGAUCAGGGUCAGAGAUGCUGCCAGCCAGAGCCAAGUUUGACUUCAAAGCCCAGACGCUGAAGGAGCUGCCGUUCCAGAAGGGAGACAUCGUCUACAUCUACAGGCAAAUAGAUCAGAACUGGUACGAAGGGGAGCACCACGGGCGUGUCGGAAUCUUCCCCCGGUCCUACAUCGAGCUGCUGCCUCCAACGGAACGGGCACAACCCAAGAAGCCGCCGCCCCUGCAGGUGUUGGAGUACGGUGAAGCCGUGGGCCGCUUCAACUUCGCCGGCGACACGCACGUGGAAAUGUCCUUCCGAAAGGGUGAACCCAUCACUCUUGUGCGGAGAGUCGACGAAAACUGGUUUGAGGGGAGAAUCUCGGGCACGAACCGGCAGGGCAUCUUCCCCGUCUCGUACGUGGAGGUGAUUAAACGGCCCAGGGUGAAGAAUGCGGUGGACUACCCCGACCCGCCCGGCUCUUACUCUUCAGGCCGAAGCUCCACCAGCUCGCCACAGCCCAGCUCGAGGAGUGACAGUGGAGCAGGAGGGCGAUUUGCAAGGAGCCCUGUCUUUUCUGAUUCUCCAGUUAACACGCUGAACUCUGCUUCCCUUGUGCCUUCUCAUCAUUCGUUGCGAGGACCAGACCUGACGGAGUCUGAGAGGAGCUAUGUGGAAACCGUCUGCAAUGAAAUAAUUAACAUUGCAGAAAAAUCCGUUCACUACUGCAGUAACCUGUCCCACCCACUGCACUCUCUACACAAGGUGUCUGCCCUUGACAGUAAACAGUCUCUCAUCAUUUCUCACCAACCUCAGGGGCAACAGCGAGGAGGCAGCCUAGAGCGGACCCACGCUCCAACUACCCUAUUCCAAGCACUGUACAGCUACAUCCCACAGAAUGAAGAUGAGUUGGAACUACAGGAAGGUGACGUGGUCGAUGUGCUGGAGAAGUGUGAUGACGGCUGGUUUGUCGGGACGUCCAGAAGAACCAGGCAGUUUGGCACGUUUCCAGGCAACUAUGUCAAGCCGUUGAAUUUGUAGAACGCGGACUUGGCGGUGAACGUCCGGCGAUCCAACGCUUGCUUUGACACGGGUGGAGGUUCCCUCAGCAGUGGGGUAGUCUGAACAGCGCAUCGCAGUCUGCAGCCUGGCAUAAAACGUUCUGCUUGUUGUACAAAGGGUCUUUACUUUACCUGGACUAGGGUUGCCAACUUUCUCACUCCCAAACAAGGGCCAAAAUAAGGGACAAAUUCCCAACGGCACUUCGUUGACAGACUCGGCCGUGGCUGAGUGAAUGGUGAGUUGGCCCGGAUGCUGGACUGCACACAAAGCCCAGCCCGUGGGCCAGCUGAGGAGUUUUGGGCUGGGCGCCGGACUUUGAGCGCGACAUGGCGCGGCCGUGGACAAUGGCGCGACUCCUCAGCUGACCCGCCGGCUGGGCUUUGUGUUCUGCUACACGCACCCCGUCCAAUUCAUGAACCGAUGAUCGGCCGUGAGAAGGAGGGGUGGUGGUGUCGGCGGUAAGCGAAGGUCCGAAGGUCAGACAGCUGGCCGGGCUGCCGACCGACGGGGCCACGGGCGAGGCGCUGCUGCUGCACUCCAUGGGCUGCACUACGUCGGGACGGGUGAGGCGGGGCCGGACGCGGCGCUCCAACCCGACAGUCCCCUCGACCCGAGUUGUAGCAGCUUAAUACGGGACAAGGGCGGUCCCUUACGGGACAAACCAAUUUAGCCCAAUAUACGGGAUGUCCUGGCUAAUACGGGACAGUUGGCAACCCUAACCUGAACACACGUGGAGUGCACUGGCCAAGUGAGAAGGCGUGAGUGGUACGUUAGUGUAGUUUGCUGACUGUGGGUGGGUGUGCAUUGGCCAUCGUGUGGUCUCAGGGGGAGGGGAGGGGAACGGAAAGGGAGAUGGGACAGGGUUCCCUGUCCAAAUGGGAAAUCAAACACCCAUAUUGGUGAAGAUAGGCACGAAAAGCUGGAGUAACUCAGCGGGACAGGCAGCAUCUCUGGAGAGAAGGAAUGGGUGAGGUUUCGGUUCGAGAACCUGUCCCACUGAGUUAGUCCAGCUUUUUGUGUCUACCUUCGGCUUAAACCUGCAUCUGCAGUUCCUUCCCGCCCAUGUUGGCGUGAAGCCCGAUCUCCCUCUUCAUCCUGCCCUCCUCCCUGUCCACCUGUCGAGAGUCCGAUGGCCAGCGAGACAAUGUUGAGAGGUUUAACGGGCAUGUGUGAUGGUGUGCAGCCAAGGGUCUGAAGGGGGAAGGAGUGUGGUUAGAAGCGGGGCUGGUCUCCACUGAGCCCCAGCUUCACUAAUGAUGACAACGAGAUGGAUAUAUUAAAACCCAAAGCAUUUACAGCCAACACUCUCCGUUUAUUGCCCGAUGCAGUGUCGAUCCUCUGACAACCUCUCCCUUUUCACCCUCCACAUUUAAAAAAAUUGCUUUACUAAAGGAGUUAGAACUGACUGAUUAGCCACAGCAAAAGCUUUUCCCUGUACCUCGGUACAGGUGACAAUUAACUCAGCUGAAUUAAGUUAACACGCACACAUAAGCAAAAGACUCAGCCUCCAUCCCCCAGCUAUUGUGACAAAUUACCGCCGGUAUAUUUUUGAGUUGAUGCUCGGAGAGAGGACUUUGAGCUGCGACACCUUCUAAUAUUUUCAGCUUCACAAUCUAUAAAUAUAAAUAUAUAUAUAUAUAUAUUUUUUAAAAAUAAGAAUAAGCACACAACUUUUCCCCUCACCAAAGGGAAUUAACCCAAAUGCUGGGAUGCAACUAUGUGUAAAUAUGUACAUUUGAUUUUUGUAUAAAACCCGUGUACUUAUCCUGUAUAGAAAAUAAUUUAACAUAAAGGAAUUUAAAUGGCGGACACGAUGCAGCAUCACUCUCCGCGGAGCUCUUGAAUUUUACAGCUGAUAUGUGAGGAAAGGGAAGUUGAUGCAUUCAUUGAGUGUAAGGCAGGAACUCUACCGCUUACAUGGAACUGUACAAAAGAAACUUGGCAAGAACACAGCCCGAUGGAAAUGAUAUCUUUUAACCAACGCCAGCCCCUGGGGGAUUUCCUUCUCGACUACGUCCAGGAAAUUCGCUUGCAAAACCACUUUGCCUUUUUGUUUUCGGCGGGCCGGCAGUGAAUCACUGAGACUAAGUAACAUGAGAGUAUGUAAUCCAACACUAUCAUGCCUUUAUUUACCAUUCUUUUGUGAGCGACUGACCUUUAUAACCAGACAUCUUGUGUUGAGCGAUUUUUUAUUUUUUAUUUUUUUUUGCAGUGCUUCAUGGUUCGAUAAAAGAUAAGAGCUUUAUUUACUGCUGUGGUUACAAUAUUUAAUAAACUUUAUUCAAGCCA